AUGUGGCAGUCUAUUGUGGUUAAAGACCGAACGGAAAUGGAGGACCUGAAGAAGGACUCGUUCCCGUCCAUCUACGACCUCUCCAAUAAGCGUUUCGACACGUGGAAACGUAGUUGGUCUACCAUUGCAGGCGUGGUGUACGACCUCUACGAGAAGCCGAGUCGCUGGAAUGUCUACGCGCGCUAUUUCAACCCUCGGGCCAUUGAGUACGACAUUGUACUGACGCCUGGAACGUGGGGCAGAGGAGGCGAAGCGGUCACCAAGGACCUACUGACCCGUUGGAAGGAUGAGGCUUUGAAAGAUCAGCUUGGGAAGGCCCGCGUGACAGUCCAAGACACAGUGGACUCCUCGCAGUUCCUGGAAAUUGGCUGCCAUCCGUUCGAAUUCUAUAGGACAUGGAUCAUGCGCGACCAUUUCGACAAAUGGGUCGCCGCAUUGUGUGUGAAGGGUCAUGCAGGGGAAGCUGGCUUGGUUCGUCGUCAUCCCACCGAGGAUGACAAUGAAUGCAUCAAGGCAAUCAAUCCCGAGUUCGCAUACUCAUGGACCGAGCGCCAGAAUAAGAAGGCGAAGGAAGACGAACGCGCGGACCAGACUGGUAUCAGCAGCAAAGUAGGGAAGAAGAUGAAGAUCAACGAAAGCAGCACAGUUCCCGUCUUUACCGAUCUGAACAGCGAUAUUGAGAAGAUCGAAAGCCCCCAGGUGAUACCUGACGCGAAUUCCAAGGUUGGGAGGACAGAAGAGAAGGCACAAAUAAAGGCAGCACAGAAGAAGAAACUGCACGGCGUCGUGGAAACGUGCACGAUUACCAUAACGAAUCAAAAGAAGAUCCAAGGCACAGUAGGCGUUAAGAGAGAGGUAUCGCAGAAGGAUAUCAUGUUUGGCACGAGCGCGACCGAGCUCGCCGCCGUUCUCUGGGAAUUCGAGGUGAAAGAAGGAGAAAGGCGUCCAAUCGUAGCAGAAUGGCUUCACCGCUCCGCAUUUUCCUUUGGAGGGCUUGGCUUCCCAGUCGAAUUGAAUAUCCUGUCUACAGUUCAACAGAAUUCGCAACACGGCAAUAACCUUGUGUUUGGGACUUCAGAGGCUAAUACUGCAAUGCUUCGAUAUGAGAUCGCCAUCAAGGACGUGGUAAUGCACUGCGCCUCCACAUACCCUUAUAUAGCAUGCGAAGUCAACACGGCUUUAGAGGGCUUGGAUGAAAGCGAGCCUUAUUCCGCCUGGUACUCCCCCAAAAUACUGUAUCUGUAUAGUGUGACGUUCGGCGACCGUGAUACCAGCAAGACUCACGCAAGUAGCGAGUUCCAAGUUGGAAAAUUCGAUACCGAUGCGAAGGGCUUUGACUUAUACAGUCGAUAUCGCCCGUUCCUCUUUGAGGGUAAAAUCGACGAGGGACUUAUGAAGGCAUUUGCUGACUUGGUUUCUAAGCACGCCGUGAAGUUCAAAGAGUAGUUUUGUGCUGUAUGUACAUCCAUGAGUUUUCCCCAUCAUGUAGAACCUCGAAUCGAACCUUUACGAACUUAAUUCAGAUAACUUUCAGCUCUUUCCAAUCGUGGAUCAGUGUUAUUUCGUAGACUUGAGAAACCUCUGCAGAGUAUCCUGUUCGUAGAUUAACGG